CAGGACUUGCUCGGGCUUUCAACCCGGUUGCUUGCGAGGACUUGUCACCAAUCGAUUGUGGCUUCGACUUCUUUCGAGAUGUCCAUGAGCAGUUCGAGAAAGCAGCCGAGGAGGUAGUUAUUAUGCCCUUCGUUUUGAGACCUAGGUUGAGGAUUUUUAGCUCCGAUCCGGCAAAGCCACCGGACACUUCCCUGGCUGAUCUCAUCUUGAAGGCCAUCCGCCGAGGCGUGCACGUGUGGAUCAUGGGCUGGGACAAUGCGGCCAGCGAGAAGUAUUUGGGCACUUUCCAGGAUCACGAGUAUGAGCUUUUGUUUGAGGCUGCUGCAGAGGCUCGGCAGUAUCUUCACUUGAUGUUGGACACAGGUCGCCAGUUCUUGGCAUCUGUGUUUUACUUGCCCCACAUCAAGUCCUACGUCUUUGAUCGUCAGGUCGCGUAUGUUGGCGGCAUUGACUUUGCGGAGAACCGCGAUGACACGUUCGAGCAUUUGCGCCCGGAUCCACUUUUGGUGCAGGUGUCGAUGGAUGAGCGCCACCCCUCUGGCAAUGAGAAGCCUUGGCAGGACGCAAUGGUCAAGGUCACGGGGCGGGCUGCGGAGCAGGUGGCGAUGAUCCUGGUUGAGCGUUGGUGGACCUACUGCCAAUCCACGGGCAUGGCUCGUUCACAGGCCAUGAGGCCGGUCACUGCGAUUCUGGACACACUCUGGCAUGUGAAGGGAGCCCUGCACGGGAGUGAAUGGAAGGACUGGCAAUGUGAGCAGCUGCCGAAAGAGGGCUUGCUGGGUAAGCUGCAGCUUGUGAUGCACGGUGACAACGUCACGCGAGACGUGCGCAUCGAUGUGCCGCAGAUACAGAGCAGUGCCCUGGAGCCCAACUCUGCCUUGCAUGCUACCUUGUCUCCGGGCAAGACGAUAACGAUCAACGUGACGGGCCUCCACGCUUUGGACCAACAGGUCCCGGCGGAGAUAUUCUUCUCCAUCCUGGGCAAGCGCUUCACUGCGAGACCAGAAUCACAGGCCUUCCAUUUGUAUGGCUCGACCAUUCUAGCGAGAUGGUUGCCUGAAGGCAUCGAGCCUGAUGAUUCGAGACAGAUGUGCAAGGUGACGCUGUCGGGCUCCAACAUGUGGAUGGGCAGUUCUUCAAUAGUGCAGGAGAACUGGCUAAGGAUCAGAAAGGAGAGCUACCGCACCUUCCUAGACAUCAUCCGCAAUGCGAAGAGGUAUAUUUUCAUUGAGAACCAGUAUUUCUCGAGCGACUUCCCUUCAACCUCUGCGGAGUGUCAGCACAUGCACGACCCCACCAAGGCGGUGUUGUACAGCGGGGCGACCAAUCGAAUCGGCGAAGUGCUGCUGGACCGGGUGAAGCGGGCCGUGCUGCUCCAUGAGAGCUUCUCCGUGGCCUUCGUGCUACCUUUGGCCACCGAGCCCGGGUCUUUCUACCCGAACCUGCGUGGUGCCUAUUGCUUCGAGCAGGCGGUGGAGGACUUUUGCAAGGCGCACAACCUGCCGCAGUGGCGGGACUACUUUUCAUUCUUCUUUCUGGCCAAUGCGGUGAAGGUGCCGGAUGCCACCCGGACCAACGCCUUCUACGGGAUAUUUACCCACACCAAGGCAACGUGCCUUCGUGGGCAGCAAGGGGAACGCGGGGUGCAACUGGACCCCUUUUAGCAGCAAUUGGAGCACCUUGGAAACA